AUGUUAGUUCUUCUCGGCGUAAAAGUAGAAAAGCGCAUUUUUCCUCUGCAUCCUCUGUUCGAAGAAAAGUUAUGAGCGCCUCUCUGUCCAAGGAACUUAGAGAGAAGUAUAAUACUAGAUCGGUUCCAAUUCGAAAAGAUGAUGAAGUUCGUAUUGUGCGUGGUACUAAUAAGGCUCCCGGAAAAGUGAUUCAAGUUUAUCGCAAAAAAUGGAUUAUUCACGUUGAGCGUGUCACUAGGGAAAAAAUAAAUGGUACAACUGUACCUAUUGGUAUUCAUCCAUCAAAUGUUGUUAUUACCAAGUUAAAACUCGAUAAGGAUAGAAGAAAACUAUUGAAACGAAAAGAUAGAUCUGCUUCUAAUAAGGGUAAAG